CUCGUCUGCAGCCUUUGCCCAUCGUCAUCCUCAUCAUUGGCCCUCCUGCAAUGCGUAGCAGCCCCGGCCAGCUCUGAGCGUAGACGACAGCGCGAUGAGCAGCAUCGACUCUCUUCUCAACCACGGCCGCGCCGCCGACGCCGCCGCCGCCGAACGACGCCCAUCCAUGUCUCAACCACACUUCACCCAGACGACGACGUACGAGGCUGCCGAUGCCCUCACCACACUCGCGACUCUCGGCAGCGGCCAGCAGUACGCACCCGCCCCGGCGCGCGAGCUGCCGUCGCCCACAGCCUUCUCCAACGCGCCGCGCCGCUCCAGCAGCUUCGGCUCCCACCACGCGCCCGUAGAGCCCUCGCCGCCGCUUGAGCAGCCGCCAGUGCGCUCGCCCACGCUCGACCAGUACCACCAUGGCUCCAAGUCGCCCGAAGAGCACCAACGGCGGCAAUCGCUCAUGUCGCGGUCCUCGCCGGCUCCCGUGCUCGCCCCCAUACAAAAUUUGUCGACGGCACUCCAGGAGCAGGUUGCUGAGGAAACAGCGCCCGUGCCAAUUGGCGAGGACGUGUCUCAGACCGUGCCGCCGUCGAGUGCCGGCGAUGAGGCUGGCCGAGACACCACCCAGGACCGCGAGCCUGCCUUUGUGCGCGACGAGCCCACGACCUCACAGAUCCGAAAGCCCGAUGACGCAGACCUUCCACACGCCAUCGACGCGCCACUCUCUUCCACAGUCAUCAAAGAUGAGCCCUCUGGAACGCCCCGCGAGUCGACCCCAGCCAUCACCGCGUCGCUGGAGCGCCAGAACUCAGCCGCCGAAAACAUGGACUCUGACACGCUCAAGGCGCUUGAGAUUGCGAAGCAGGCCGACCUCGGACUGCGCACGAAGAGGACCGCGAGCGUUGCCGACAGCCUGCCCUCGCCCGUCGACUCGAAAGCGCCCAUGCUGCCCUCCAAGAAGCGUCCCGCCCCGGCCUCGGCCACUGUGAAGAAGAAGGGCAUGGCCAAGACGAUGAAGCCGUCCAAGAAACGCAAGCUCGAUCCCGAGGACCCUACAGCACGCUCUGUCACACCCACCUCGCGCUCGUCGAAGCCCAAGAACGGUAAGAAGGGCUCGCAAGCCGGCACACCCGGUCUCGAAUCGUCGCCCGCGCCCGACAACUCCUCACAGGCACACGCCUCCGACGACGACGGCGACUCUUCCGAAGACCACAACCUGUACUGCAUAUGCAAGAAGCCGGACAACCACAAGUGGAUGAUUGGGUGCGAUGGUGGCUGCGACGACUGGUUCCACGGCGACUGCAUCAACAUGAAACAGGCCGACGAGGAGCUGGUCGACAAAUUCAUCUGCCCGCAGUGCGAGGAGAAUGGGAGGGGCCACACGACAUGGAAGCCCAUGUGCCGGAGAGACGGCUGUCGAAAACCGGCGCGCGUCAACAAAGACCGUGAGAGCAAAUACUGCACAGACGCUUGUGGCACACUCUUCAUGACUGAGCAAUUACAAAGGACGGCAGGUGCGAAGGGGGCGAACGGCACCAAGUCAAAGAAGGCGAAGAAGAAGGGCGGCAAGGAGGAGGGCGACGAGGAAGAGCCCACCCCACUGGGCGGUGUACUGAGGUCGAAGGAUCUCAAGGCAUUGGUGGAUGCAUCGCCAAACAUCCAGACCUUCAAGAACUUGGGCACUGGUGUCCUCACACCUCCGCAGACCGCCUCACCAAACCGCGCCACCUUUGACGGCAUUGACGGCUUCGCCCUAACCACCGGCGAGAAGGAACGCUUGAGUGCCUUGUAUAACGAAAAGUCGCAACUGCAAAACCAACUCGAAGCACUCAAAGACCGCGAAAAGUUCGUCAGCAUGGUCAAGGAACAAGCCGUCCGCCUCGCCGAGCGCGAGAAGAUCAAGAUGAAGGAGUUCUGUGGCUACGACUCGCGCUUGUCGUGGUCAGACGCUGAAUUCCUGCAGUGGCGGAAUAGCAGACACGGCCAAGCGGCGUUCAAAUUUAGCACCCUAUCACCGACAGCUGAGCAAGUCGCCUCGAUCCCCGGCGCCGACGCAGCAGAUGCGAAGGAAACCGCCUGUCUGAAGAAACGCUGUCCCAAGCACCCGCAGUGGCAGAAACUCAAUCUCCAAGACGCUCGCUUUGAGGAACUAGAAGUCGUCGAGGCGAUCAAGGAGUGCGAGAAGGAGGAAAAGAGUGUCCGUGAAAGGGCUAGGCGGAGAGGCGCCAAGGAUGCCAUGGCCAAGGAACUCACGGCGGGCGAUGGCAAGGAGGAGCGGAAUCGCGAGGGGUGGGUCGAAGUUGUGGCGUCGUGACAUUGAACGAGGAAGAGAAAAAGCUUGAAUAUACCCCCGUUUAGUUUCCCGCGAGUUGGUAUUAUUACAUUUGGUGUUUAGAGGUUGGAUCGAAAAGAAGCAUCAUGGGCGAAUGUAUGAACUCCACUUGAAACUUUGAGAAAAUUGGGCGUGGGGGAGCUGUACGAUGAUGGGUUUUAAUGAUUUUGAUUCGGAUCAACUAUGCUUAGAUGUCAGCUGUGACUUUGGACCGAGUGGAAGGGUAUAUAAACGCUCCUCUCCCCUCGUCUUCCUGCUUCUUCGUCAAAGACCAGAAUUUGUGGGCCUAUCGGUCCGUACAGUUUCUUCUCGGCAUAAAGCUGCUAUGAACUGUCCAUGUGGAGUUUCUGGCGUCAAGAGUGAGGCUGGGAGACUACAUGUUGGUAUGCUGAGGCCUCGAUGCUCUCACGUGACCGGUCGGGAAGGCAGAUUUAAAUCUCUCUCCUCCCUCCGUUCUCUCCUUCUUCCCUAACAAUCCACCUCUUUUGCUUCUUCAAAAG